AUGGGCAGAAGUGAAAAAUGCAAUAUAGGUUGGAUGGCUUCAUACAAUAAUCCCACUCCUAUAGAAUUCUUUCACUUGCUUUCAUCAUCACACAAAUCCAGUGCGUUUGGAAAAUAUAAUGUGCUUCUCAGCCAGGCUAUUAAAUGUUGUGAGGAUCCAGUCAAGCAGUUGGAACUAGAAAAAAUAAAAGAAACAGCUGAUUGUCAUGCAGACUGGAAUGUGUGGUUGAUAGAGAGAAAAGAAGGGUUGAUUCACAAUGAGGUUCAUGAGACAAAUGUGAAAGUCCACCGAGAAUUGAACACAUUUGUCAGGAAUUCAGGAAAGCAAAAGAGUAAUGACAAUGCCAAUGGUGAGACAGAGGAAGGUAGCAACAGCAAUAACAUCAAUGUCAAUUAUGAGGAAGAGAAAGGUAGCAAUAGCAAUAGUACCAAUGCUGAUAACAAGAAGAGAAAGAUAAUCAUACAUUAUAUUCUCAAUGAUAUUCUUUUGGCAUCUCAAGCUGAAAAAGAUAACUUAGAUAUAUACUGUUCCAAAUUCAGCCAUUGUUCAGUUAUGGAUCUUUGGUUAAAUUCAGAAUUCUCCCUUUUUUUAGAUCAGGAAUUGCAAGAACGGAUAUUACAUGAAGUUUUUGAUACAAUAGAUAAUGAUUAUGUUACAGAUGAAAUACAUAAUUUUUUCUCUGAUUUUUUUAAUGCUGAUCAUGGAAAGGAAGGUUGGAUGGCUUCAUACAAUAAUCCCACUCCUAUAGAAUUCUUUCACUUGCUUUCAUCAUCACACAAAUCCAGUGCGUUUGGAAAAUAUAAUGUGCUUCUCAGCCAGGCUAUUAAAUGUUGUGAGGAUCCAGUCAAGCAGUUGGAACUAGAAAAAAUAAAAGAAACAGCUGAUUGUCAUGCAGACUGGAAUGUGUGGUUGAUAGAGAGAAAAGAAGGGUUGAUUCACAAUGAGGUUCAUGAGACAAAUGUGAAAGUCCACCGAGAAUUGAACACAUUUGUCAGGAAUUCAGGAAAGCAAAAGAAUUAUUUUACUGAUCAAUCAAGAUUAAAGAUUGUUACAGAUAAGGUGUCUGAAAGAGUUUAUAAAUCAUUGGAUGAAAGACAAAUUGAAUGGCUCGAUAAAGUUCUCAAACAAAAAUCCUGGAUACAAACAGACGAAUUUAAGAAAUAUGUAAAUCAAUUCACUGAAGAUGUUUGUGAUAGAGUAACCAUUCCAUGUAUAGUUUGCAAACCUAAUCAUAUCGAUACAACUUUGGUGGAGGAUACACCAGAAAAGAAAAAGAAUGUGGAAAAUAAACCUUCAUCUCCUAAGUCACCAUCUGGUGGUGGAUCAUUUUCACCAUUGAUUUGA